GCCAUGACGGCCUUGUGGGCUUAUCUGGCUUUGUCUGUGCUCUUGGGCUGGGGCUGCAUAGCUGGCCCUCGGGGCACAAAGGCACAGGAGCCAGGAACACCCCUCUCUGACCAGGAAUACCACCAGUUCUUCCAGUUCCUGAGGAUCACCAUCCAAGCCAGAACCGCCUGCGAGCUCCGCGAGCUGUACGGCUGCAAGAACUCACUCAUCCAGAGGCUGGAUGAGUAUGAAAACCACGGAGCCAUCCCUCCAGGGCCUAUAUGCUCUGAACUGCCAGAAAAUCCUUCCUUCCUCAACUUCUGCACCUUUUCUCUUUAUCGCUGUAUUAUGAAACAGUAUUUCCUUAAGAGGAUCGUGUGCCCAGGGCGCCCAGAGACACCAAGCAUCCAAGCAGGAGCCAGCCCCAUCGUGAGCAGUGGAGCCAUCCCAUCCAGCAGCUUUGAGCCCCUGCCAGCUCCCCCCAUGCUUCCCCCAGCUCCCCCCAACCCCGAGACAGAGGCACCUGUGACCCCCACCUCCCUCCCUGUGAGCACAGAACCAAUUCCCUUGGGCACAGAAGCCCCAGAAGUGCCAGCCAGUGGCCAUCAGCAGGGACACCUGCCCAACAGUGACAUCGAGGAUCUGCUCCUGAGGAUACUGGACAGCCAGGUGCAGACCUCACUGCAGACAAUGAAGCUGUUGAUGUCUGUUGGGAAGGCAGUGAAGGAGGAAGAGUUGCAGAGGGCUGCCACGAGGCUGCUGGUGGCUCUGAACAGCGUCAAUGUGUCUUGGUCACCAAACAACUGA